AUGUCAGACCUAGACGAGGUCACCGUUGAUAACAUUGCUAAGGUGCUCCACAAUGACCGCAUGGUCAAGGUAGCUGGCAUUGAUGUGGACGGAGUGCUCCGUGGCAAGCUAAUGCAGAAAUCCAAGUUCUUGUCUAUUGUCUCUGAUGGCUUUGGCUUUUGCUCGGUCGUCUUUGGCUGGGACCAACAUGAUCAAACCUAUUACAAGGAGCUCUCUAUCAGUAACAAAGAGAACGGGUACCGCGACCUGGUGGCUGUGCCAGACCUGCGAAGCUUUCGUCGCAUUCCCUGGGAGAAUAAUAUCCCUUUCUUCCUGAUCAGCUUUCUUGAUCCAGACACUCGUGAACCGGUCUGCGCGUGUCCACGGGGUUUGUUGAAGACCGCCGCUGCCAAGGCAGAGGCCGCAGGAUACCGCGCCAUGGCAGGAGCGGAGUAUGAGUUCUACCAAUUCCGUGCCCCAGGGGACCACCUCACGCCCGAGCGGACCGCCUCCCACACCGCAGCGUUCCUGCAAACAAAUAAAGCAGAUAGCCUUCCUCCUAUCACAGAAGGCAUGUUUGGAUACUCGAUUACUCGUCCCCUUCACAACCAAGAUUACUACUAUGGCAUCUUCGACGCCUGUGAGCAGUUCCGCUGCGAUAUCGAGGGAUGGCAUACCGAGAGUGGACCGGGUGUUUAUGAAGCUGCUUUACAAUUUGGUGAAGCUAAGGACAUGGCCGACAAGGCCGGCUUAUUCAAGUAUGUCGUCAAAGCCUUUGGCAUUAAGCACGGUAUCACACCUUGCUUCAUGGCCAAGCCACGACAAGGACUUCCUGGCAACAGUGGUCACAUGCACAUCUCGCUCGUGAAUGCCAAUGGUAAGAAUGCCUUUAUCCGUGAUUCUCCCGACUCCUCCCCACCAUACCCGGAUGUUGCACACCUGUCCGACCUAGGCCGGCAUUUCCUGGCGGGUCUGCUGGUCGGACUACCGGAUAUCAUGCCCCUCUUCGCACCGACUAUCAACUCCUACAAACGUCUUGUUGAGAACUUCUGGGCCCCGGUCACUGUCUCUUGGGGAUUGGAGCAUCGGGCCGCUUCCAUUCGCUUGAUUACUCCGCCAACAGCCAGUGCUAAGGCGACUCGCUUUGAGGUUCGCGUGCCUGGCGCCGACGCGAACCCACACUUUGUACUUGCGGCUAUCCUGGCACUGGGAUGGCGCGGUGUCGAGAAGAAGCUCGAGAUCCCUGUACCCCCGCUUUCUAAGGGUGAGGAUAUGGGUGGGGCUAGUGAUCAAGGAGUGCGGUUAGCCAAGACACUCAAGGAGGCGAUUGCUACAUUUACGCGACCCGACAGUAUGGCACGUGAGGUCUUUGGGGAUGCCUUUGUGGAUCACUUUGGCGGAACACGAGAGCAUGAAGUGCGCCUGUGGGAGGAGGCUGUCACGGACUGGGAAGUGAAACGGUAUAUUGAAACCGUAUAG